CGCGGAAUGAGAGUUACCUCCCAUAGAAGCCAAUCACAACCAUCAGAAGAUGAGUGCUUGAUGAGAAGACCGACGCUUCGGGAGUAAUUUUGAACGGGAUAUAAAAAGUUGUUGCAAUCAAGGAUGGAGCAGCUGAGCAAUGAGCAUGGUGGAGCAACAGAGACAGUGUCUCUCGGCCGACGAGAUCAGGGGGACGGAGCUCCAAUUCCUGGUGAAGUGACCGUGGAUGAAUGUUCUGGCCCCGACAGUAAUCCCAGACCGCCACACAAACCCUUCACCGUCCAGCUGGAGUGUGACAUCAUGCAGAUCAUCCUGACCGCUGCGUCCCUGGCUACCCGGACCUGGCAGCUGGGGCUACCCAGAGCUGUAGUAUUUGAUGAAUUGCAUUUUGCCAAGUUUGUGUCCCUGUUUCUGAGGAAUGUGUUCUUCUUUGACAUCCACCCUCCACUGGGGAAGAUGCUCCUCGCUGCUGCAGGAAGUUACUCGGGAUUUGAAGGCAAUGUCAGCUUUGAUAGAAUUGGAUCAGAAUACCCUGCCAAUGUUCCUGUGGUGCAGCUACGUCUCAUUCCGGCUGUACUCGGCAGUCUCAUCGUGCCGCUCAUGUACCAGAUAGCUGUAGAACUGGGUCUGUCUCGCUGGGCCGCUCUGCUAGCCGGUGCCUUCGUGCUUCUGGACAAUGCCCUCCUGGUUCAGUCGAGGUUCAUGCUGAUGGAGGGGAUGCUCAUCUUCUUCUCCUGUCUCGCCGUGCUCAGCUACCUCAAGUUCAGGAACCUCGCUCACAGGGAGUUCAGUGUACAGUGGUGGUGGUGGCUCUGUGUGUGUGGACUGGCCCUCACCUGCACCUUCAGCAUCAAGUAUGUGGGUUUCUUCACAUCGGUGCUUGUGUUGUUUCACAUCUUCAAGGACUACUGGAAUAUGCUGGCAGAAACUUCCAGGACAGAGAUUUCUCUAACAAAGCACCUGAUUGCCAGAGUGCUAUUAGUCAUGGCCGUCCCUGUUGCUGCGUACAUCGCCAUGUUCUACUACCAUCUCUCCUCCCUCACCAAGGCGGGGCCUCACGACAACAUCAUGACAAGUGCAUUCCAAGCCAGCCUGGAGGGAGGUUUGGCAACACUUACAAAGGGACAACCUCUCUAUGUGGCGUACGGCUCCCAGAUCACGCUUCGUCACACGCAUGAUACCGUGCCGGGUCGACCAUGUUGGCUACACUCUCACCAGACUGUUUAUCCAAUCAAGUAUCCCGACCAGCGAGGCAGCAGCCACCAGCAGCAGGUCACAUGUUAUAUAUUCAAGGACGUCAACAACUGGUGGAUCGUUAAGCAUCCCGACAGAGACAGCCUGGUAGUGGACGAGAAGCCGCAGUCGGUGAAACAUGGCGACAUUGUACAGCUGGUGCACGGCAUGUCCAGCAGGGCACUCAACAGUCAUGAUGUUGCGGCCCCCGUGACGCCCCAGAACCAGGAGGUGUCCUGCUACAUCGACUACAACGUCUCCAUGCCAGCCCAGAACCUCUGGAGAGUAGACAUCACAAACAAGGAGGGAAGUGACGACAACUGGCAGACCAUCAAGAGCCAAGUACGCCUCAUCCAUGUCAACACAACCACAGCUCUCAAGACAACGGGGAAGCAGCUGCCUGACUGGGGGCAUCAUCAGAUGGAGGUGGCAGCUGACCGGGUGAUCAACCAGGACGCCACAAUCUGGAAUGUUGAGGAACAUCGCUACACCAAGAGUCUUGAGAAGGAUAAGCAGUCGCUGGACCUCCGUCAGUCGGAGAUGAUCCCACUGGAGCCGACCCACCUGUCCUUCUGGUCCAAGUUCCUGGAGCUGCAGAUGAAGAUGAUCUUCUCAAACCAGGAUGCGGAGCUGGAACAUAAGUACAGCUCCGACCCCACGGAGUGGCCCUUCAUGAGCAAGAACAUCGCCUACUGGAUGAGCCCAUUCUCGAAUGCCCAGAUUCACCUGCUGGGCAACCCGGUGGUGUGGUGGUGUGCUUCUCUCAGUGUGGCCACUUACACCGCUCUCCUGGUCUUCUAUAUACUCCGGCGGCAGAGGAACAUCUAUGACAUCACUGAUGCGGAGUGGGAUAACUUUGUGUUCCAAGGUGAACUGCUAGUGGGGGGCUACCUGCUGUACUACGUUCCGUUCUUCCUGCUGGACAGAACGCUGUUCCUCCAUCACUACCUGCCAGCCAUUGUGUUCAAGAUCCUGGUGCUAGCAGCCAUCAUUGACCAUCUGCAUAAUAUUUUUCACAGAAACAGAAUAAUAUCAUCUGUAGUCACAUACACGGCGGUGGCACUAUUUACAUGUGCAGUGUAUUCUUUCUAUCUGCUUACACCAUUUACAUACGGGAACCAGCCGCUUUCAGAGGAGGAAAUACAACACUUGACGUGGCAGGAGUCGUGGGAUUUCCUCGUCCAUGCUAGGAAGGCGUGACAAGACAGGUUGAGAAUCAUCCAGUUUGAGAUGGAUUUACCUCAUACUUAUGAUAAUACUUGGUGAUAUAUUCAGUAAGCAGGGUUGCAGAUAUACUUCGGUGGGUUAUGUUGUACAAAGGGAUCUUAGCACUAAGGUUAUCGCAACUUCCAUACUUUAACAUAGACUUGCGUUCUUAGUAUAGAAACUUUAUGGUAUUCAAAAGUAAUGGGAAGAAAUCUAAAGCUGUUCAUGAUCCAUCUUGUUUCUGUUAGACCGCCUCACAUCACUUGUAGUCCAAAAUCUUACCCUAGAACAGAGCCCUGCUCCACAAAGCCAUCUUAGUGCUAAGAUAAGAUGAUCAUAACUCCCAUACUUUAACAUAGGCUUACGUUAGUCUUAGCUCUAUGAUAGCUUUGUGCAAGUGGGACCAGGACCCUGUUCCACAAAGCCAUCUUAAUGCUAAGAUGAUCUAUACUCCUAUACUUUAACAUACACUUAGGACAGUUGAAGCGCUAAGAUCACCUUGUGGAAAGGGGCCACUUGCAAAAACAAUCUUAGCGCUAAGACUGUCGUAAACUGAAGUAUGGAGGUAUGAUGGUCUUAACACUAAGAUCACUUGGUGCAAUUUGGCCCAGACUCACUCUCACUUAAUGGAGAAAAAACGGUUCUGUAUUUAGGUGCUAGAUAAUAACCAACCUUCCAUGAACAUGGAAGAAAUGGAUGUCAAGAAUAGGCCAAUGAUGACAAUUCUGUUAAGGCUCUGUGAAAUCGAAAGUCAUAAAAUUUAGAAUCUUUAAUUAUAGUUAUUCAUUUCAUUUAUGAGCUUUACAUUUUGUAAAGAGAAAAUAUCUAAAUAUUUACUUAAUUAGAAAACAGUAAAAUAAUAUAUAUAUAUAAUACAUGUCCUCAGAAUCUUAGCUUGGGGGGGGGAAAAUCUGACAAACAAAUAGUCAUUUUUGUGUGGCCUUAUUCAUUGUACUUAGUUAACAAAAUACAGCCGAAAUGACUAAUUGUCUACUGUCCGUCCAUAUUUAGUAGGUUUUGUAAUAUCUUUAAGUGUUGUGUAUUAAACAUUCAUUAUUGAAUGGUUCAAAUGUCCUUUGCUUUCAAAACUUUUACAUUUUAGACAUUUUAUAUUCCUUGAUGUCACACUUGGAGUUAUCUAGGCCUUUUUGGCUCAGCUCUAUGGCAAAUGCCAGAAGAAAGUCCCAAAUUGAAAUACCAAUAAAUGGACCAUUAAAGAGAAAAAGUCUCCAAAACUUAAAGAGACACUUGGACUUAAGGGACGAUAGGGUAGCCUAAUGGCUCAAGUGUUCACUCGUCUUGCUUGAAGACCAAGGUUUGAUUCCCAAAAUCAGUACAAUGUGUGAAGUCCAUUUCUGGUGUCCCCUGCCUUGAUAUUGCUGGAAUAUUGCUGAGAGAUGUGUAAGACCAUACUCACUCAGUUUGCACUAUUGCAUUGAAGGCAAUGAUAGACUUACCCCCAAUGUGAUAAAAUAAGGACAUUGUUGAAAAUCCUGUAUAAUUCCUCGUCAUAUUUCUGGAUGAAAUCAGAAGGUUGUAAGUUUAUUUUUGUGAAAGUGGUUUUAACAAUUCCAGACAAUCCAUCUGAUCUGUGUAUAAGGAACAUUCCUCGGUGUGUGUUGUGUUGUGGCAUUGUGAUACAUCCUCACUGUCCGUCAUCACAAUAGUGUGUCUAGAACUAGUCUCAGCAAUAAUCGGAUCAUGAAUAUUUUGGGGAUACUUUUAUGAAAUUGUGUCCUCAGUCUUCACUAAAAUAUAUCCCCAAAAGUAUUUUCACAAUCCCUAGGUUUUUUUGUUCAGUAUAAAAGUACUUUUAAGGCUUAAUUGCCUUUAAAGGUGAGGGAAUUUGCCCUAUUUGCAAUCAUAAAUUUGUAAAAAAUGUUUUUAAAAUAGAAUAAAAUGUUAGAAAAAAGCUUAUCUGUUUAUCUGUAUUUUUAUGAGUUCUUUUUGCUGAGGAAAUUGACCUCAAAUCAGUUCUGACAUUUUUUAUUUUAAAUUGUUUCUUGCUGUUCCAUAAAAAUCAUAAAAAUUCCUAUCAAAACUAUUGAGAAACCUGUGUUGAUCCUUUUGGAUGAAAUUGUUUUGUUUCAUGUUUUAUACCAAUAAAGCCUUCACAAUUGAGAGAGGGAGAAGUCGAUCAAACUGCCAAACAGUAUAGUAAUGCAUUAUAGUGUAUAUUAUAUUUUAUAUAGUUUUAUAGGAGAAUAAUUGUUUAUUUUAGCUUGUGUUCUUUAUUGUGGCAGGUGAAUCAAGCAUCUGCCAAGUGAUGUUAGUUGCCAUGACGAUCAUGUUAAGAUGUAGAUGUUUUGUGUUUUUUUGUGACAGUGGUGAGGAGGCUCACUGAUACAUCCCUACUUUGUGUUUAUACCUAAAAUGGAUAGAAAUAUCACUAAACCGCCCGCAUGUUAUCAAAAAAUGAGGAGGCCACUGUAACUUGAUAAUGCCCUCAUAUUGCUUGACGACGGGCCAUUAUCACACCCGUUGAUGUCAUAGGAUAGGGAUAUGUGACGUCACAUUCAAUAGUGACAUCAUCUGGUUUGUUCUAAGAUGUUUCCAUAUUGGUAAAAGUGGGUCAGUGGCAUUCAUGUUGAUUGCCUUAAAUGUUUCUUUUUAUCUGAUAACAAAUUCCAUCCAUUUAGCUAUAAUAACGGUAACGCUAUUUUUCAGGCCAUUAUCAUUUGCAGAAGCCCUCGAUCUUUUCAACUGCCUUCCUUCGUUGGGCAGUUAAUGGAAGACCUCAGGCUUCUGCAAAUGAUAAUACCCUGAAAAAUAGCGUUACCCUUAUUUUAAAACAUUGUAUGUUGUAAAUAUAAAAAAUAAGGAAUUAAAACUGUAUUAUGAGAGCCAAUGGUGAACAUAAUGCAAAUUUGUUAUUCUAAAUAUAUAGGACAUUAUACGAGUGUUCAUGUCAUACUAAGUUAACAACAGGUGUGUCUUAAUUCUGGUAUUUCCCGAGUGAGAGCAAUGGAAAUACCAGAAUUUAGGCAAGAGUGUCAUAAACAUAGUAUGACAUAAACUUGAUUAUAUAAUGUUCUAUUUAUUUCCGAAGAAGAUGUCCACAUACAGAGACAAUAAGAUUCGAAAGACGUCAACAAUGCCGUCGGGGUGAAGGAAACAUUACAUUGUUGUCUCGUGACGUGAUAUAACCCUAGAGCACAUGAUUUGAAAAUAUGUGUACAAUUGUAAUUGUUGGAUGUUUUUCAGAGAGUCAUGUGAAGUUUUUGGAGUUUAUGAAAACUGUUUUGAAAUGAGAGCUAUUUUACAAAUAAUAAAUAUUUUGCAAUCAGUACCGAGAUUGAUAUUCUUGAAGAUGUGUAAUGUUGUAUGGUCCAUGUAAUGUUGAAAUCAUUGUGUGUUAUUCAUGUAAAUGCAAAAUGUAUGAUGUAUUUAUUGUGCAAUGAAUCUCAAUAAAUGUAAAUGAUGGGU